CGUCACGUUCACCAUUCAUGUCCGCUGCCCCCAGUUCGGCAAUGUACUGAGGGGCGUGCAGCCAAGAGGAAAAGAAAGCCGGUGUGCUGCAGUCGAUCGACUUUCAAGCGCCUUCGUUCUCCGUGCCGUCGACCUCGUCUUGAGUUGAGCAAGGGUUUGGCCUGAGACGAGCAUCAUCAUGAAUAUAUUCAGGCUUGCCGGGGAUAUUGCCCAUCUCCUCGCCGUCAUUAUCCUCCUGCUGAAGAUUUGGAAGUCCAGGUCUUGCGCCGGGAUUUCGGGAAGAUCGCAAUUGCUGUUUGCCAUUGUGUACACAACAAGAUAUCUCGAUCUCUUGACCAACUUUGUCUCCAUCUACAACUCGGUCAUGAAGGUAGUGUUCAUUGCAGCAUCCUAUGCCACCUUGUACCUCAUGUACAUGAAGUUCAAGGCCACCUAUGACCACAACCAUGAUACAUUCAGGAUUGAAUUCCUUCUCAUCCCUGUGACUGCGUUGGCACUGCUCGUCAAUCAUGAGUUCUCUGUGCUUGAGAUCCUGUGGACAUUCAGCAUCUAUCUGGAGUCGGUGGCAAUCCUCCCGCAGCUUUUCAUGGUAUCCAAGACAGGGGAAGCAGAGAGCAUCACAUCCCACUAUCUCUUUGCUCUCGGUUCAUACCGCGCUCUGUAUCUUCUCAACUGGAUAUACCGUUACUACUUUGAGGGAUUCUUUGACCCCAUUGCUGUCGUGGCCGGAGUCGUCCAGACAGUCCUCUACUGCGACUUCUUUUAUCUCUACAUCACAAAAGUAUUGAAGGGGAAGAAGCUCUCCUUGCCCGCAUGAACCAGUGAACAAAAGGGGGGAUGGGGUACUGAGACACUGUGUGCAUUAGUGGGCUGUACAACUGUGUUCUGUUAUUCCCAGUGUUGGCAGUUGUGGGCCGUUUGUCCUUAUUUCAAUCAAAUCGUUGAUUGAGAAAUGUUGGCAUGCAACAUAGAGGAGGAUUCUCCUCUUUUCAUCCAUUCUCUUUUUCUGCCCGUCUUUCUCUGUUUCAUUUGUGAUUUAUUUAUCGCACGUUAUUUUGCUGUUCUACCAGAAGAAAUUCCCUGGAUUAUAGAACGUCAGUGAUCCAUGUCUAUUUGGGGUCAAAGAUGAUGGACCAGAUUGGAGAGCUUCCAAAAUGCAUUUUUGGCAUUUUCCUUCCACCUGUGAUGACACAAUCUUUUUCCUUUACAGACACAUGUGGAAGCUAGUGUGAAAGUGGAUGGGACAAUAAAUAAUUAUAGGGGGAAAACAAUUGCCAUCGAGCUGCAUGGAACUUUGUGUACUCAGGCAUUAUACUUUCACAAUAAUAUCUGCUGUUAUUCAGAACACCAACUGGUAUUCCUUGUGACAAAGCAACUUGAUUCUGCAACAUGAUUUAAUUAUAGAAAGGGGUAAUUACAAAAAGAUGUAAACUAUUGGAGUGGGUA